UGGAAAAGAAUACUCAUGAAUAAUAAAUUUAAUGCAGUGCAGUUUCGUGAGGAUGCGACAGUGGAUGAUCUUAUUGAUGUAAUUGAGGGAAACCGGAAAUACAUGAAGUGUGUAUAUGUGUACAACAAGAUAGACGUUAUUGGUAUUGAUGAUGUGGACAAAUUAGCCCGUCAGCCGAAUUCUGUUGUCAUUAGUUGCAAUCUCAAGCUGAACUUUGACAGACUACUUGCAAAAAUGUGGGAAGAGAUGGGACUCGUUACAGUUUAUGCAAAGCCGCAGGGCCAGCAACCUGAUUUCGGUGAUCCAGUAGUUCUUUCUGCUGAUAGAGGGGGCUGCACUGUUGGAGACUUCUGUAAUCAUAUACACAGGAGUUUGGUGAAGGAAGUCAAAUACGUGUUAGUGUGGGGUACAAGUGCAAGGCACUACCCACAGCAUUGUGGCCUCGGUCAUGUUUUGAAUGUUGAAGAUGUGGUCCAAAUUGUGAAGAAAAAGGUAAACCGGUCUGUCUGUUGUUCAUUGCAAGUGAAAUUUUCUCUGCGUAAUUUUUGGGUCCCAUGAUUAUUCUGAUUCCAG